AUGUCUGGAACUGUGAAAAAAUUUUUAGUGUUAUUGCAGAUUUUUUUUUUCGAAUUGACGAUUUGCGCUGCUCGCAUAGAUGAACCGCCAAUCAUUCAUUCGAUUCCUUUGGAAAACAAGACAACAACAACACUCGACGAAUACAAAAAUUUACCUGUGGUUGGAAAAUGUUGCCCGGUAGGCGAAGUUUUUGCAAUAAACGUAACUGGCCAAGCGGUUUGCACAGUUAUGGAUUCCUUCAUUAUCGAAAAUUUCUCACCUAUUUUCCAUGAUUUUAAUGAUUCUGGUUAUCUGGUUCCCGGUAAUGUUCGAAGUCCAUUUGUCGCGAUUAUUGGAAAUCCCUGUAAAUACAAAAAGUAUAUUUUAAAUUCAAGCGAAGACGCGCAAGAUUUUCAUAUAUUAUUAACGAAUGGUUCGAUAUUUGCACGCGAACACAAUCCAAAAAUAUUGCAACCUGGAAUCGAUUACUGUAUAGAAAUUAUUCCAGAGAUGGGAAUCAACACUUUUGUGUGUUUUUCUGAAGAUCGCGUAAUAAUAAGCGCAGACUCUCGAAUUACGAUCUACGCUUGUGGCCUUUUAAUAUCUAUACCAUUCUUAAUUCUUACAAUCACUGCGUAUUCCAUCACACCAGAGUUGAGAGACGUAUAUGGAAAAACAGUGUGUCGUUAUUGCGGAUGUUUGGCUCUUGCUUUCGUCAUGUUAGUAAUCAUACAAUUAUGGAAUAUAGAAUUGUCGAACCAAACUUGUAUAAAUAUAGCAUUCAUUAUCCAAUUUUCUUUCAUCGCCUGCUUCUUCUGGCUAAACGCGAUGUGCAUUGAAAUGUGGUUAUUAGUGCGUUUCUACGUCGGUAAAUGUAGGAACAGAGGAUACUGUCGGGAAAUCUGCAAAAGGACGGAAUCAAGAACGUUAUUUUUUUGGUAUUCUUUAUGGUGUUGGGGUCCCUCGGUGAUACUUAUCCUCGUCUCAAUGAUCAUGGAUCUUAAUCCGAUGAUACCUGCGACUUACGUGAAGAAUUUCGGCAAGGAAAGUUGUUCGUUCAAAGCUGAAGACAAAGCGAUACCAUACUUUUAUAUACCAAUUGGAUUACUUCUCUUUGGAAACGUGAUUCUUUUUAUUUUAACUUUCAUCAAAUUGACUAAAUAUCAAAGGGAUCUUGACUUGAGACGUCUUAGGAGAAACGAACCAUCGGAUCAAGACGAUCGAAGAACUCUUCGAUAUUUAAUGAAAACCGCAUUUGUCUGCAUGCUAAUUUUUUUCUUGAUGGGCCUCAAUUGGUCGAUGGAAUUAAUAUCCUGGUACAUCAAUGGAGAUUCUUUUGACUGGUCCUCCUUCGAUCUCGUAAACGCUCUUCAAGGUGUUCUUAUUUUUGGUUUGUUCGUACUACGAAGACCACCGAGGGACUUUAUAUGGAAUAGAAUACAAAAAUUUCGAGGUAUUAAUGAAAUACCAGAACGAGAAAUUGGAAGCAUGGAAUUGGGUCUGCUUCAGAUGAUGAAUGAUGAUCCUGUGCCUAGAUAGAUAUGAUUAUUGUUUAAAAAUAAUUUAUUUUUCGAUCCUUUCUCAAAUUUGUUAAAACAUCAUAAAAGGAUUACAAAUCAACUGCCGAAAAUGCUUGAAAGUUCCUUGAAGAGAUGUACAAUUUUAGUAUAAUUUAUUUAUAAAGUAUUGAAUUAGUCAAAUAUGGAAAAAUUGACAAUUUUUACGUAUUUAUUUUAAACAAGACUUAUCGACUUAUUAUUUAUUAAUUAACGAGUUAGAAGAAAUUAGUUAUCUCACAUCAUAUGAACAAUAUAUAUUUCAUUAACAUCA